GAAUCGGUCGCGCGCCGUGUUCUAUAUUCAAAAUCUGAAGUGACGUUCUGUGUUGUGUUACCGGUUUUUUGGAUUUGUAAGCUGCCAGUUACAUUGACCUGUAAACCAACUAUGUUAUAGCCGUUUCCAGUGGCCGAUAGUGUAGUGACUAGUGACUCUAGUUCAGUGUACUCGAGUGCAAAUAAAAUGGGGUGCAAUACCAGUGCGGACGCAAAGGCAGCGAAAGAGGAGACAGGGGCAAAUGGGGCCCAGGAGAAGACGGAAAAAAAUAAUCAGAAUCACAUUGCUAUGCCGGCGACGGGUAAAGACGAUAAGAGUCCUACCGAAGAAGAAGCAGCGACCAAGAUCCAAGCAGCCUUCCGCGGCCACCAGACCAGGAAAUCCAUCAGCAUGAAGACCAGCAAGCCCCAGCAGCAGCAGCAGCAAGAGCCGGAGCCUACCCAAGCCGAGCUGGAGGCGGAGUUCCGAGCUGACGACAAAGGUAUUUAUAACAUAUCUUGA